GCAAGUGUUGAAGGUUAGAGAGAUGGACGUUUUUGUUGAUGGUGAAUUGGAGUCUCUCCUGGGGAUGUUCAACUUUGAUCAGUGUUCAUCAUCUAAGGAGGAUAAACCGCAAGAUGAGAUGCUUAGCCUCUCUAGCCUUUACAAUGGCCAUCUUCAUCACCAUCAUCAGAACAACGUCUUGUCUUCUGACCAACAUGCUUUCUUGAUUCCUGAUAUGUUCCCAUUUGGCGUGAUGCCGAGAGGGAAUCUUCCGACCAUGCUUGAUUCUUGGGAUCAAAAUCACUUCCAAGAAACGGCAACGCUUAAGAGGAAACUACUUAACGUAGAGAAUCCACACAAUACUAACUCUAACUGUGACGUCACAAGACAAGAGCUUGUCAAACCCAAAAAAAAGCAGAGGGUAAGCCAGGAAAGCAAUACAGCCGACGAAAGCAACACUAACUGGAGAGAUGGUCAGAGCCAAAGCAACAGUUCAGACGAUGAAAAGGCUUCGGUCAAAAGUGUUAAAGGGAAAACAAGAGCCACGAAAGGGACAGCUACUGAUCCUCAAAGCCUUUAUGCUCGGAAACGAAGAGAGAAGAUUAACGAAAGGCUCAAGACACUACAAAACCUUGUACCGAACGGGACAAAAGUCGAUAUAAGCACGAUGCUUGAAGAAGCGGUCCAUUACGUGAAGUUCUUGCAGCUUCAAAUCAAGUUGUUGAGCUCGGAUGAGCUAUGGAUGUACGCACCAUUGGCUUACAAUGGACUUGACAUGGGAUUCCAUCACAACCUUUUGUCUCGGCUUAUGUGAAGGACUUGUAAUACAAGUUAUACACAAUCUAAUUGUAAAGAAACCGAUUUAGAACAUAUGAAUCUCUUUA